UCUAUGUUCCUAACCCAAAACGAACUCAACAACUUUGACAAGUAUAAAUCAUCCAAGGAACAAAGCCUGACCAUGUCUCUGCCACCUGCUUUAGCAGCUCGUUUGAAGAAGAGGGGAAUCUUGAAAGCUGACUCAUCUAAUAUUGAAAAUGAUCCGACAGAAGAAAUCAUUGCAGCAGAUUAUUCCGGUGACAUCCAACCUGACUUGAGCAAGGAACAGAUUAUCAUUGACAAUGACAACUUACCUCAUGGUUGGUGGAAGGUCAAAGAUCCCCCAAGUGGAUUUUUCUACUACUGGGAUUCCAACACAGAUAUGGUCUCAUGGCUCUCCCCCACAGAUUCCAAGGCAAACAUUUCAUUGUCGGCCAAGAAACUGAGAGAGAUAGAAGAGAAGAGGAUAAGAUUGAGAGAAGCACAACCCAAACCACCAGGCAUGGAACCACCUGACAGGGUGGAGAUUGGACCAGUCAUUCCCUCCAGCGUCCCACUUCCUCCUCCCAAGAACCCCCCACCAAGAUCUGGAGGUGAAAGGUCAAGAAGAGAUCAUAGAGGUUCUAGAAGUAGGCGACAAAAAGAUGAUGAGCUAGAUCCAAUGGACCCAGCAGCUUAUUCUGAUACUCCAAGGGGUAAUUGGAGCAGUGGAUUACCAUCACAUCAAGAAGCUAAGACGGGGGUCGAUGUAACUGCUAAUGGACCUCUCUAUCAGAUGAGACCUUAUCCAAGUCCUGGCGCUAUUCUUAGAGCUAAUAAAGGCAAUGCUAACACAUGAACGUAUGCGGUGAACCUUUCGGACUUGAGCAGGAGUGUAGAGCGAAUGACUCUUGAGAACUGGACUAACAGAGAUGCUCUGCUUCAAAGAAACCAUUUUCAUAUGGGAUGUCAGAGCUUUUAAAGGCACUCUGGAUGUAUUUGGAUCAUGUGAUUUGUGUAUGUAAAUAUUCAUGUAAAGGAACGCACAUUCAAGUUGGCAUCUUGGUCAGUGGUGUUUCAAGGUACAAUCUUCAGCUUUGGAUCAGGCCUUCAUUGGUAGAACACACUCUAGGAGUGUUUCAUGAAGCAAAUGGAGACUGACUGAUUUGUUCUUAGCCAAUCAGGUGCUAGGAUUUCAGUAGCUUAUAACAGCUUUCAGUGAAAAUAAAUGAAUAUCUGUUGCAUGAAAAGCCCCCUCCCCCUCUUAAUUGUAUUUGAUCAACUUGCCUCUGUGCAAUACCUGAUGCCCUCCUGUCGUCUUACAGUCUAACUAGCCUGUGAUUGACCUUUGAGUACAGGAAGGAGAUACAUAAAGGCAUUCAUAGCUAUAUGUAUGUGUUAUGUGCUAUAAAAGAAGGUAAUAUUCUCAUCAUCAUUAUUACCAGUGUGCAGGGCAUUAACUAGACAGCUGAAGUCUGUCUGAGGUGUUUUAAAAAAUAUAGACCUUUCUGGUUUGUCCUGCUACACAGACAGCCCAAAGGUUCAGUCAAUUAUUCCAAGUAAAACAGGUUUCUGAUUUUACUACAUUGAUUCUUCUGGGUUUUUUAAUGAAAUUGCACUGAGAUGGCAUUGAAUGCUAGAUUGAUAAUUACGAUAAUAAUAUUCUGCUUUUAUAUAGUGCUUAAUACAUCGGAAUAACAUCUAAAGUGCUUUACAUAUUCUGAUUAUUUGAAUAACUUCAAUACAUCAUAGACCUACAUUUUGAUGAAAAAUAUUGUAUCAACACUCCUUUGUACAGAGUGCAAGAAGAUUUUCAUGACUUGCCGUCUUCCAUUAGUCUUGUUAUAAAAAAUAUGUUUACAUGGACUAGGCGCACUUGACUGAUGUCGGCACUUAACAGGUGAAUGAACUUUCCUAGAUUUCUUGUGUUGAGGAAUCUUUGAAGACUUAGACAGUCCCUGUAAACUGGGACUAUCCCAAUUUUCUGACCAGUACCUCUACUGAUAAUUGACUAAAAGAUCUGCCUAAUGAUAAUAUUCUGCUUUUAUAUCGUGCUUAAUACAUCGGAACGACGUCUAAAGUGCUUUGCAGAUUCUGAUUAUUUUAAUAACUUCAAUCAAUCAUGGACCUAUAUUUUGAUGAAAAAUAUUGUAUCAACAGCAAAACAAAUAAUUAACUUGGAGCAUCAGUACUCUGUUCAGAGUGCAAGAACAUUUUCAGUUUAUUUAAGGAGGUGUGGUGAAGGAAGACCUAGUCCAGCGGAACACCUGACGAAGCAGAGACUGAAGCUUUCAGACUAGGCAGUAACAAGCCUCAGAAUCACACAUCUUGCAAUAAUAAUAAAAGAAAUCAGUUUUUAUAUAGCACAUAACACAUAUCAAAUAUAUCUCUAUGUGCUUCAGAAAAUAAAGGAGAGGAACAGACAGGGAACAAAAUACACGGGCUCGGGGCGAAUUCGCCCCCGAAAUGCUCAUAAGAACCCUGGAAAAUAAAAAAAGAGCCCCCCAAAAUCUACAUUUACUGCACUGUUAAAACUUAUCCAAAAUUGCAGAUUAAAGCAGUAGGUUGUAAAAAGUAGCCCCUGAAAAAAAAAAAAAAAAUUUUUUGCCUGGGAAGAGAUG